UUUUCCUCUCCACCUUCACCAUUUCAGUCCUUUCUCCUCCUUCUUCGUCACCCCUUCUUGUCUUCCUUUACUCACUGCCGUGGCCACCACUAUUUCUGCCGCCUACACCCCCAAUUCCACCGGAUUUCCAAAGACCCACCAAGAAUUGAGUAAACUUUCACUGGUCAAACACAAGAAAACCAACAGAAUAACGUCCGGCCUCCGAUUGAAACAGCUUUAAUUUCUGAUUAAUUCCCUUUACCAUUUCAAUUCACUCCUUUUCCUCCCCCGUUGUUCUCUUCCGUAUCGAGCACCAGGUUUUGUAUUCCAUACUGCAGUAUACGGUGAUAGUAGGAGUGGAUUCUCAUGGACCCUAAUAUUGUGAAAUUCCUUGAAGAAGAUGAGUAUGACAAUGUGAGGGUUUCGUAGGACGAAACAAUGCAUUCUGGGGCUGACGUGGACGCUUUCACAGCGGAAUUGAACAGAGACAUUGAGAGGAAUGAUUCCACGCAGCAGCAGCCCUCUGAUUCCGAUAACGCAGCCUUAUCUCAGGGAAACAGUCAAACCGCAAGUCAGUUUCUUCCCCAGUGGCAGAGUCUGAGCCAUGAUGGAACUGUUAAUUUUGGAAGUGGACAAGAUCUCAUGGUUACAGAGGAAAAGGAGCAGCAUUUGUCUCAAUUGGAGCCGCAUCAACAUGGGUUGGACUCCGAGAAUAGAAAAGAGAAUGACUCACUGUCCCACGAAUUUAACCCUUUACCGGAUAACCCAUUGAGUGAUGCUGGCGCACAACCGCAAGAUGACCGGAACACUUUCCCUGUAUCCCAACCUAUCGGUUCGCUAACAUCUGGAGAACAAUCAAUCCAUAUCCAAGAGCCAGUGCGUGAACCAAAUCCUGAUUCACAGAUGCACACAUUACAAAAUAUCAGUAGUCGUCCAUCUGUGGCUAUGGGGUCAAAUGAUCAGCUGCCUAUGUCAAUGGAGCCAAACGAUCAACAGUCUAUGUCAACAGGAAAAGCAAAUCAACCAACAACAAGUAUGGGAAUCAGUAAUGAACAACAGGUUAUGUCAACUGUGAAUCAACAUACUACAGGAAUGAGUAGCCACCAAGCGUCUGCGUCGGGGAUGAGUAAUCAACAGCCGAUGACGAGUAGUAAUCAACAGCCAGGUACCGCCUUGAAGUUGAACAAACAAGUGCCCUUUGGCAUGUUGCUUCCUAUCAUACAACCCCAACUUGACAAGGACAGAGCUAUGCAACUUCACACUCUUUACUUUAAAUUGAAGAAAAAUGAGAUCUCUAAAGAUGGUUUUGUCCGACACAUGAGAAGCAUUGUCGGGGACCAAAUGUUAAAAAUGGCUGUAUACAAACUGCAGACUCAGGCUGCUAGGAACUCACAGACUGCCCCCAAUCAAUUUCAGUCACAGCCUCAGGCCUCUGCUCGACAAAUGCAAGUGCCUUCAGCACAAAUGCCAAUAGAUUUGAGCAAUUCAACAGGUGAUACUAAUACAGCAAAACCACGUGAGGUGGAAAGCCAAGCAGAUUCGCAAGGUGUGCAAGUAAGCCAAAUGUCUACUUCCAGUUCUGGUGUUUUAAGUCAGGAGAGGAAGCAUCCUGCAUUUCCAACACAGGGACUUAAUAAGCAGCAGCAUAUGCAUUUCUCACAGACAUCUUUUCCCACAUAUGGAAGUGCUGGGAGUAGUUAUUCACCUUUCUCUGCGACUAAUGCUGCAUCUUCAACAUCUCUCCGGCCGCAACCUCAUGAUUCUCAGAUGAAGCAGGCUCCACCUCAUCAGAACAUGACUGUUAGUCAUGUGGGACCUUCAACCCAGGCCAUGAAUAUGAUGAACAUGCCUAAGUUUGAUAGGCCUCAUUCUUUUGGCGAUCCUAAGAAAAUGCAGGGGGGAAGUCUGACUCAUGUGAACAGCAACACUGCCCUGCAACAGAAUCAGGUGCAGUGGCCAUCGUCCACCAGCAAAGAACCAAAAAUUGGUGUUUCAUCAUCAAUGACUCAUGUAAAGCAGGAACCACUCGAUCAAGAACAACAGCAUAAAGGGUUAUCUUCUUUGUCUUCCACGCCGGCGAAACAGGGUCCUGCUUCAGGGAAUCUGAAGGAUGAAUCUUUCGAAAUACAAUCGUCUAGAACGGGAUUCACACCACCUACAAGCCUUGUGCCCUCAAAUUCAGUUUCCUCUUCCAUUCCAAGCGCGAUGGAGACCAACAUUCUGUCAAAUUCUCGAAUGCCUUCUCUGACCUCUCCCAUUGGGACUGGAAAUAAUUCCAAGGCUCCCCUAAAAAAGCCUUUGGUCGGCCAGAAGAAGCCAAUGGAAGCACCUGGUUCUUCUCCUCCAUCCAGUAAGAAACAAAAAGUGUCUGGGGCCUUUCUCGAUCAGAGCAUUGAACAACUGAAUGAUGUUACUGCAGUGAGCGGAGUUAAUCUCAGGGAGGAGGAGGAACAACUCUUUUCAGGCUCCAAGGAAGACAGCCGGGUUUCAGAGGCUUCUCGACGAGUUGUUCAAGAAGAAGAAGAAAGGCUGAUUUUGCAAAAGAUUCCACUUCAGAAGAAAGUUGUGGAAAUAAUGGCAAAAUGUGGUUUAAAGAAUAUGAGCAACGACGUGGAGAGAUGCUUGUCCUUGUGCGUGGAAGAGAGAAUGCGUGGACUCAUAUCUAAUCUCAUCAGACUUUCAAAACAGCGGGUAGAUAUAGAGAAGCCAAGGCACAGGACCAUCAUCACCUCAGAUGUUAGGCAACAGAUCAUGACAAUAAACCGUAAAGCUCGUGAAGAAUGGGAGAAAAAGCAGGCUGAAACUGAAAAGUCACAGAAACUGAAUGACCCUGAGAGUACUACUGGAGUUGAUGGUGACAAGGAGAAGGAUGAAAGUCGUGCAAAAUCAACAAAGGCUAACAAGGAAGAAGAUGACAAGAUGCGCACAACAGCUGCAAAUGUUGCAGUCCGAGCUGCGACUGGAGUUGGUGACAUGCUGUCAAGAUGGCAGUUAAUGAUUGAGGCGAAGCAGAAACAAGGAGGAUCGGAUACAGCAUCUGGUUCUCAGGCUGGUAAAGAUGUGGCACGAAAGCCUUCAGCAACCUCUUCAAAAAAUACAAGGGAAAAUCAAGAAGCAGAAAAGCGGGAUACUUCAGCUGCUUUUGCCACCCCUGCAUCAGUUAGAAAAGUAGGAAGAAAUCAAGUUGUCAUACCACGGGUGACCCGCAGCAUCUCAGUUAAGGAUGUGAUUUCCAUAUUAGAAAGGGAGCCUCAUAUGUCGAAGUCCACACUGCUAUACCGCUUGUAUAACAAGGACAAUGCCGAUGCUGUUGCUGAGUGAUCCAGACAGCACAUUCUAAUGUUAAAAGAUGUGAUUGCCCCAGACUGAAAAGUGCAACAAUCAAAUAAUCAUGACGAUCACUUGCAUGAAAGAUGGUGCUGCUCCUGUGAGCUAAUUAUGUGACGGGAGCGCCAUCGAGCAUUGAAGAUUCAGAAUCAACAGUUGCGGUAGAUUAUGUUUUCAUCGUCAGUUAAUGUGAAUUCUUGUAUAUUAGAAUAGAAGAGGAAGGGGAGAAGCAUGUUAUUCACAAAUGUUUCUAGUCUUGUGAUACCAAGGUGAUGAUAUUCUUAUUGCUGAUUCAGUUUUAUGAAAGGGUAACUUAAUUAUAGGGCUAAA